CUUCCUCAUUGGCUGCGGCCUUCGUCCCUCCCCUUUCGCCGCCCGCCUCUGAGGCAAGAGAAAUGCAAGAGCGAAGGCUGACGGCGUCGCACUACACUUCCCGAAACGCUUUGCGCGGCAGCCGAGAGGGCAGCCUCCGCUGUCGCCCCUUCUCCUGUGGCAAACGGGAAAGUGUCUAGCUGGGGCGUGCGCUCUCCCUCCCUCCUUCCCCGUGCACAACAAGAGCGGCGUGGGGGCUGCGAGGAAUAGGAGGAGGAAGAGCAGCAGCAGAGCGAGCGCUGAGGAGGCUGAGGUGAGCGCGGCGCAUUCGGCCGGCCGCCUGCCCGCUCGCCCGCCCGCCCGGCAGGCUCCUCUUUCCCAGCGUCAGUGGCAACCUCGGGGAGAAGGCAGGCAUCCUUCGGUGGUUCCGGUGCUCCGGGCUGCCCUGAGGCGGUGGCGAGGGGCGCCCUCUGCCCCGGGGCGAGCGGGGAGAGGGUUCUGCAGCAUGAGCAUCAGCAGAGUUGCCCGGAGAACUGCAGCGGAGGCGGCGGCGCAGCUCCUGCUGGCGGCAGCUACCGUGGGCUGCCUCUGGUGCGCGGCAGAGGCCCAGGUGAGAAGGGCUGGCAUCAUGGGGAGCGAGAGGCGGCGGCGGAUGGGUGGCUCGGUGGGAAUCUGCCCGUGGGCUUGUCAGCCAACACUUUCCAUGCCUCCAUAGCAGGGGUUUCCACCGUGUUGCCCUCCAGAUGUGGCCGGACUACAACUCCCAUCGUCCCUCCUGACGGUUGGCCAUGCUGGCUAGAGCCGACGGGCAUUGCAGCCCCACGUUCGGAGGGCACCAUGUUGGCUACCCCUGAUGGACCGCAUCUGGGACGGCAGAGCUGAAGGGAUGCUCUCUCUGGCCUCCCAAACAUAGGGCCACUCGAGGGCUGCACCCUUUCCCCACCUCUCAGGAAGAUUGCCAGGGCAAGGGGGAGGUCAACUUGGCCCCAUCCUUAGGUAUUCCAGGGCUUGAUUUUCUCUUCCCUCCUUCCUGUUUAGUAGACUGUGACCCUGGACGCAAGGAUUGUGCUCUUUUUACAGCGCUGAGAAAAUUUCGGGUGCUUUAUGAAGCGUUUAUUAAGAUGUCCAAUUCUCUGGACGGCCUUCCAGCAGGUGUGGGCCUGAUCCUGCCUGUUCAGUGGCUCCUCUUUUUAGCUGUGAGAGUAGAGAUGCAAGCAGCUUUAGUGAAUCGGAGACAACAGCAGCAUCUUUAAUAAGGGUUUCCAAAUCCUUCCUUUCCUCAGUAAGAUACAGUUGAGGUCUUCCUUGGGGAGAUGCGAUCAGUUGUGUUUGCUCUGCCUUGGCUUGGCAGAUGUUUGAUGCUAAUUUGUAAUUGAGCCAAGAGUGUGUCAAAUGGGAUUAUAUUAUAUCAGGGGAAAUAACAUGUGUAUAGAGAUGUUUUUGCUAGCAGGAAGAAGCUAUGUGGUCUUUAUAGUGUAUUUCAAGGUAAAUAAGAUGGAAAUUUUUCCUAGCAUGAGAAGAAAUGCUUUGCAUAACUGGCAUAUUCCCCCCCCCUUACUGUUAAGAGUUACAUGCAAGCUCUAGGUUGAUUUGUCGUGGGAAACAAUAUUUCAGUUUGGUUUUCUUUGAAAUUAUACAAAAGGUUGAAUGGUAUCAAUUGUGUAGAGUAUACCUGCACUAGAAGAUCAGAAGCAAACAACUGUUAAAAUAAUUGUGGAUUUGGUCUACUCUUCAGAGUUGGGUAUGAAAGUAAUACUUGCUUCUUGCUGAUUAUGAUGUUCGUUGUUAUUACAGCUUUUGACGUUGCAUAACCAUACUCUGUAGUAUUUCAGACCACAAUGUUUAACUUAAAUGUUUUCAGCCCAUUUUCUCUCCACCCCCUCCCUGUAAAGCAACAUUCUAUAGCUGAAGUGUCCUUUUGGUUUUCCUUGUAAUAGUUAAGUUCCACUUCUGGUUUUGAAGAUGUGCACUGCUCCUUCUUAUCGGUUGCCCUUAUAGAUGAUACUUAAAUUGUACCUCAGAUUGUCCACAAAAUGAGCAGGUCUGGGGAAAAGAAUUAUUCCAGGAGCCAAUUUCAAGUUGUUAUGUGCUGUCUGUUCACAAAGUGGCAUGGAUUUGAAGUUCUUGGGCAGUGACACGUACUCCUAACUUUUAGAUGUCCAGUCAUUCAGCCUCCUGAUACGGAUCCCAAAGGCAGUUGCACUGGAAAUGGAAAACUUUUAUUACAGAGCAUAGUCUCACUUUCCCUCCAAACAUUAUUCAUGUGAUUAGUGGAGAUGAUGGUAAUUCUUUUUAAAUGUUCCCAUUCUUAUGGGAGAUACAGUGGUACCUCGGGUUAAGUACUUAAUUCGUUCCGGAGGUCUGUACUUAACCUGAAACUGUUCUUAACCUGAAGCACCACUUUAGCUAAUGGGGCCUCCCGCUGCCGCCGCGCCACCGAAGCACAAUUUCUGUUCUCAACCUGAAGCAAAGUUCUUAACCUGAAGCACUAUUUUUGGGUUAGCAGAGUCUGUAACCUGAAGCGUAUGUAACCCAAGGUACCACUGUACUAUUUUCGUGUAACUUGCUCACGUCCUGGGAUUUCCAAAUAACUACUGACUAUUUUGCAUGCCUACGUACAAGAACAGGAGAAAUUUUCCAAGCGACUUUGUCAUUGUGCUGUUUACCUGAUAUAACACUUGAUUGAAUUAUUUUAUUACAUUUUGUAUUAUAAUAUUACUAAUAAGGAUAACCAGUGUUAGAUCAUCAGUAUUUUAAAUGUGCUUGAUUUAUUUUAAAAAAUACAAGACUUAAAACUGGACUUCAUUCCAUGUACAGUAUCUCUAAUAUAGUUCUUUUAGGGGGGAAAGUAAAGUGGAUUUUUAAUGUAUAAUUAAAACAAGACAGUUUUAUUUUGAAAUACUUAUUCUCAUCUUAAAAGCAUUAUAAAAAGCAUGUUGGCCUCCUUAUAGAAUCCUCUUUUAUAGAUUUAAGCUUUAUAGGCUAGGAGUUAAAUGAGACUUAAUCGUAAGUGUAUAUGUGGUUGUAGCCUACAAGUUACAAUAUAUACUGUUCUGACCUCCUUGAAAAAUGCACUGCUGCUUUUUAGUACUGGCAGCUAUAGAAAUAAAAUGAAUAGUUCUAAAGCUUAGACUGAAAUUCUGAAUAUAAACGUAUCCAUCAGAUUUAAUGAAAAGAAUUCCCAAAGUGAAUAUAAUUCAAGUACACUUCCAAUCUCAGCAGUUUUAUAUGAUGGGAGGAAGCUCCUUUCAGUUUCACAAUGCUUUGAAUUUUUUUCACUUUCAUAAUAAAUAAAUAUUGCAGGGUUUUUGGUUGCCCUCUAAGGAAAUGCAGUGCAUUCUUAAAAUAUAGUGUUGAAUACUGACAAUGAUAACCUGUUUAUACAAUGACCUGGUUUUCACAUAACGCUAAGCCAAACUAUGGGUAAUUGCAAAUUUUCAGGUGUCCAGAGAAGCUUGGCUGCUUUUCUCCUCCUCCAGUCCUGCUGCUGUGAGCUAAAAUGUGAGCUGUAAGCCACAGAACAAACAUUGACUACAGCUCAUGGUGUGCCUAAACUAGAGCAUGAUAAACCAGAAGCUUGGGUUCAUACACAACCCGACACAACAUGCCAAACCAUCACAUGGCUCACAGCAGCAGGACCAAAGCAGCCAUUGUCUUAUCUUGGAGCUUGCAGUCUUAUAUGAUGGGAGGAAGCUCCUUUCAGUUUCACAAUGCUUUGAAUUUGCUCCCAUAGUUUGACUUGGUAUUAUGUGCAAACUGGGCAACUGAAAACGAUUGCUGAAUUCCAAUGGCACACUGCAAACAAAACAUUGGGGGGUGCUUAUUGUCUAAUUUAACAUUCUGCUAAAGAAUGAUAAAGGAUUCCUUGCACAGAAUUUAAUUAAAAUCUAAGCUAAUAAAAGCAAAUUCUAUCAAUAUUUUAGAUAGAUUAAGGAAGGAUGGUAAAUGUACUAUUAAUAUACUAUUAAUAAUUCUGCUAGCUUUGUCCCAUUGCAUUCAAGAAUAAGCUCCUGAAGACUUACCCCACACACCACCCCAUUACUGCACAGGUGGCAUUUCCACAUAGAGAGUCACAUGAAAUGUGUGUAGAUUGUGUAUCACAAAUGCAAAUGCUUGUUUUGCUAUAAGUUUAAAAAAAGUGUUACCUUGCCCAUAUGUGUGUGGGUUUCAUGUAAAUUCCUGCAAGCAAAUGCCAUUUGCAUUGCUCUUUAUGAUGAUUUCUCUCUGUCUUCUUGCUCAAUCAAAAACUUUUAGCUAUAAGUGAUAUUGCCAUUUAGUCUUUUUGUUUUGUUUUUCUAGUUAUCAGGAGUGCUUGAUGACUGCUUAUGCGACAUAGAAAGCAUUGAUGACUUCAACAAUGUUAAGAUCUUCCCCCAAAUACAGAAACUUCUAGAACGGGACUAUUUCAGAUACUACAAGGUAGAGUAAAAAAUGGCCUAUUACUAUAUAGUUUAGUGCAGACAUUCUCAGACUCUCUGCUCCUUGGUCCAUGUGAGUGAGCUGAAAACCCACCAUUUACAAACUGGUGGUGAUAUUUUCUGUUGAUACCUAACCUCUCUUUGGAAAUUACUAAAUUCUAUGCCAUAGUAGUUUUCUUGUGGAAAGGAGUUCCAUCAUUCAGACUUUUAUCUGGGUGUUAUUUGCCAAUACAAGACUCUAAAUGGAGAAGGCUUUUUAUUUUAUAUCCACCCCAGCAUUCUCUUUAAUGUCUGUUUACUCUAUCUGCUGUCACUUUUUCUCUUUUCCUUCUUAACCUAGCCCGAAAGUGUUAGUUUCUUUCAUCCCUGCUCUUUUACAUUUACUUCUCCCUCCUUUAACAACUUUCUUCUUGUAACUCUUUCCCCUCUCUUACCACUUUGUUCUAUUUUUUAAAAUAAUGUUUUAUCUCUGUUUAAAUUCCUAUGGGAAGCAAGACCUCUCAUCUCUCUGUCUUUCUCUUUCCCUCCUCCUGCUCCCAGCUUCUAUCCCUCAGUCACCUUUACUCCGUAUGCAGGGAGUUGGCAUCCAUCCAACCAAAAGGCUACAGUAUGAUCAGGGAUGGGGUGGGUAAGGGAGGAUGCACUGCAUUGGCAGUGGAAAGAGGAUUAAGUCCCACUGGUGGUCCUGGCUUAUCGCUUGAGAAACACUGGCUUAGUGAAAUCGAUUUUUCUUUCUCUGUUCUCCUACGAAGUAAAAGAAAUACUGGGGUUAUAGUAAAACUGUACUAAAAAUGAAACCUACUUCAAAGCUUCAAAUUAGUGUGAAAAGGAAAUACACUGUGGGUUGGAAGAGCAGUACUGUACUCUGAAACACUGUAUACCAUUGUUGGAUUUCUUACCUCCCCAUUACCAUAAGGUCCCAGAAUAGGUCACAACAAUAUAAAAAUACAAAAUUGAAAUUAGUUAAAACCUUUUACAAUCACAAAACAUAAUAUGUUCUGCUAGUUUUUGGAAAAACCACCCUCAUUUUGAUGUAACUGCUGUCUUUAGAACCUGGAGUUGGCUUCAGAUAAGUUAGCCUUUUCUUUCUUAAUGGAAUUGGUUAAAAACAAAAAUGGAAAGGAUUUGCUGAGACAAUUAACAACUAGAAUACAAAAAAGGGAGGUGUGAGGAGGUCGAUGAAAUAAGGUAAUGACAGUUAAGGAUUUGAGAAUACUGGAUCUGCUUUUAAAUUUUUUUUGUUUAAUUCUGCUUUUUGAUUUUGAUGUAUUAUGUGUUUUGCCUUUGCUUUUUGAUUUUGACUUUUAUCGAAUUGUAUUGUUUAAUUGUUAUCUGUUCUUUUUUCUUCUUUUCUUCCUUGUUUUUCUUUGUAAUCUUAAAACUCUCAAUAAAUAUCAUUUAAAAAAAAUAAAAUAAAAACAGUACCUGAAGAAUUAAAUGAAAACCUUACCAGGUACUUGAGCAAACAAUGAUGUCCAAAUGUGGCUAAACGUCCUUCAGCAUUGCUUGAUCCAAGGUGUACUAUAGUGAAAGUAAACUAAUGUUAGAUAAAAGCUGUCUUCUGUGAAUGUGAAGCAGAUACAGUCUACACCUGAUGGUUUUGGAAUUUGCUCUUGAUAAGCUGUAUAACUGAAGGUUAUAACAUUUAAUGUGGCCAUUUCUGUUUCAUACAGUGCUGUAUCAAAAUAGUUGUAAGUUUAUCAUCCACCCUCUCCCCUCUAAUCUCUCCCCCUACCUCCGGAUACCAUAUUGUCUUACAUUGAACGUAACCAAAAGACUUUAUAAUCUGAAGAAUAACAACAACAAAAGAUAUUGUAUGUUCUUUUGUAGUUCAUGAAAAUCUCUAAUAUUUUUUAAAAGAAUAAAAGAAAAAUUAUUACCCUUUGUAAAGUAUUCUGUUGUCCAGCUACCAACUUCAUUGGCAAUUGUGCUAGAAACUUUGUUAACAUUUAGGAUUUUCUGUUUUAUUGUUCACUGCAUCUUCAUAUAUAAUCUUUUGUUCCACCUGUCCUCUUCCCACUCACAGAAUGGCCAAAUAUAGCAAUUUUUAUUUAUUUUAUUUUUGCAACCAUGUUGCAAAAAAAAAAAAAAGUGUUUUAAAAAGGGACUUCCUCUUGUGCAGGGCAAGUUCCCUGAAUUCUAUCCAUCUUUCACCAUCCCGUGUAGGCCUCUGAGUCCCAUCUCAUUUUAUUACAAGGAUCAUUGGUGGGAUCCAGAAAGCCCUAGCACGCAAGUAGGGGUCAUGCCUCUCUGGAUCCAACCCUGUAUUUUUAAUAGUAGCUGUGUAGUCAUUAUGAACAACUGGCUUAGUCAGAAGGUGCCUAUUAGAAAAUGUAAUGUUUCUCCCCAGUUCCCUGUUGCUAAAAACAAUUUCCUCUUUGACUCCAUCCCACCCCAAAAAGGGUGCUAUGUAUUACUUCGAUUCGACUAAAAAGAUUUUAACUUUAUCUUGCUUAUGACAUUUUUCGUAUCCAGCAGCAGUUGAUAAAAAUGUUGCAUAAGCUAUGAGUCAUUUGUUGGAUUACUGUGUGAACUCUACACAUUUAAAAGUAGUUUAGGUUUAAUUGGGAAGGAUUUGUCCUAAUUAAAAAUUUGAAACAAUAUUCUAAACUUUCUGAACUUGCAUGUGGGAUACGUGCACUGUAGUAGCUGUAGCUCACUUUUUUGCAAAAUUUGAGGCCUGUGUAUAUUAAAGGAAACUGAAACUUUUCAGUUAUCAAAGUGUGGAAUAGAAAUGAACUAUUUUAAAUGUAAGAUGCCAACAGACCAGGUUUGAUUUAAGUAAUGCUGUAAUCUUUUAAAGAAUAUCUAAGUGGUGCAUAUCAGCUGUGGCUGCAAUUGUAUGUUAGAUAAGUCCUUGUGCUAUGGUUGAAAGAGGAUUAAGAAUUUUUGAUCUUGGAAACUGUCUUCCUUUGCACUGAUACCGUUAAUACUGUUGAUGUAACUUGAAGUGGGGGCUUGCAUUUUAAAGCUUAAGCUUCCUGGAAGACGUGUGAUUCCUGUUUAAUCUGGAUGUGCUGCAUCUGCUUGAUUGCAAACAACACUUGUGAGGUUAUUCUGUGGAAAUCUUUGGCUGAAUCUUUUUUAUAUUAAAUAUAUUACAAUAAAAUUGCACAAACAAAUCUCUAGCACACCAAUAAAACAAAACACAAGCAAUAAGGAACAUUUUCAACAUAGGUUCAUGCAACUAUAUUCACUGCAAGACAUCAACAUUUGACAAGUAAAUUAUUCGAUUAUGGGUGUUCCUAUUUUCAUUAUCUUGAAAAAAUUAGAAGAUUUAGCAGUGUUAAAAAGUAUAAUAUUAGUUCUUUCUUAGCAAUAGGUACAUAAGAAUUUUCAAAAGACAAUGGAUAGGAUUGUUUUGUUCUUUCAGCCCAUUUUAUUUAACUGUUUGUAAAGCUUUAUUGGCACAUCACUGUGGCUUCCCACUUCCCCCUUUGAUGAAUUGAGUAACUUGCAGAAUUCAGGUUCAGCAACUUCUCUGAUCAAGAACUUUUACAAAAUAGGUCAAGUAACAUCAAUCACAUUUUGUACUGAUCAUUCAUGUGAGGCCAGAGGAGAAGGCACAAAAAAGCACUGGACUGUAUUUUUUUCUGUGGUAUUGAGAUGUUGUUAAUGCAAUCAAAUCAAAUUAUUCCCAGAACAAAGCUUCAGAAAUUGCUUGUGCGGGCACCCCCAUCCCAUGCUUGUAGCUGGCUCAUAUUUUUAAGUCAGCCGAAUAAAUGAAAACUCUAGAUAUUUGUUUGCUCAGCCCUAAUCUUUCACUUUUUUUUUAUAAGAAAGCUUAUUCUAUUGAAGGGAAGUUUCCCUAUUUAGUUCAAAAUUAAUUGACUGACAGCAUGUAUAUGUUUCUUGGUUUUAAGGUUAAUCUGAAGAGACCAUGUCCUUUUUGGGCUGACGAUGGCCAUUGUUCUAUCAGAGAUUGCCAUGUAGAGCCUUGUCCCGAGGUAUGUUUGCAAAUAAAGGAGGAAACCAGAAUAGUAUUGCCUUUGUUGAACAGAAUAAUAUGGAACCUUACUUACUGCCAUUUUUGCAAGAGUUUGCAUAACACUGAUAUGAUUCUGUGUUGAUGGGAGUGGGGGUUAACAUACUUUAGAGUUGCAGGAAGUUUGACAGCUUUUAUUGGCAACACAUUGACUGCUGUUGGAAAGCUACUUUGCUAGUGAAAUUUUAGUUUUGUGUAAAGAUAGGCAACUGUAGUUCAGUUUAAAUAGCAGAUAAGAUAACUUCAGAGCUCAAAGGGUACUAUCUUUCAGUGCUAUUAAUGACAGUAAUACGACAGGGGCUUAAAGAGUGUUUAGAUUUUUGGCCAUCAUAUUAUGAACAGUUCUGAUUUAAAUGCUAACUCAUCCUAAGCUUUUCAUAGAGAAGUUCCACUGAACUUUUUUCAAUGAGCUUGCUUACUAGUAAAUGUGCAUAGGGUACCCAUAGCAAAAAUGGUCAAAUCAUAAAUGAAAUGGAACUGUAUCCCAGCGUGGAGUAUUGAUGCUCAAACAGUUUUUUGCUGGCGUGGCUCAUUGAUUUAGCAAUCUUCAGUUAGUCAGUGUUGAGAAUGAGUGGGUUGCGAAUGAAAAGGUUGAAUAAUCAUGUAACUUGUUUGCUUCUUCUAGAGUAAAGUACCAGUUGGAAUUAAAGCUGGGAGUGCUAACAAAGUGAGUAAGCUCUUCUGAAAUAAAAAAUAUGGACUUUUCUGCCCCCCACUGCACUAGGAAAACAUCUGACUGGCAUGUUGCAUUUGCCUCAGAUGCAAGUGAUAGCUAUCCACUCCUGCUACUUUAGCAGCUAACAUAGCAUUGUGCUAUGUGAAGCAUGAUGGUGCAUUCUAGGUGCUGUUUGUAUAGGAGUGCAUUUCCUCCCCUCCUAUGAGAGAAAAUUGAAGCUGGCAGCAGUGCUAGGAAGUCCCACUGUGUUUCCUUGCCAUGGAUACAGUUGAUGAGGCUCUCUGGGCUCCCCCCCUCCCAACCUUGUUUUCCAAGGUGAGCAGAAGCUAAGUCGGCCAAACCUGGUAGCAUGGGCAGCUGGUCAGGAGGCUUUUAUAAUGUAGCUUCCUGUUAAACAAUCACUUGUAAAAUUGCCUCUGGGGGAAAAUGUUAAGCAAACACUGAAAAUACUUCUCCUUAAUGCAUACUUAAAUCCCAGAUAUGCAUAUAUAAAUAAAAAAUAGUGAUAGAAGAAUUUAUGGCCUACAGUACCAUAAAUGUGCAUAAGAAUAGAAGCUUCUGUCUCUGGUCCAGAGAAUGGUAAUACUUGGAAAUAUUAAGUGCAUUUAAUGCUUGUGAGGUGUUACCUCGCUUGUCAGUCAUGGCUGCAUUGGGUAAGUGACAGGCAAAUGCCCUAAAGAUUUAAAACGAAAAAUAUAUUCGUUGGUGAUAUUAAAUAUCAUAUACUCUGCCUUGCAGUAUUCAAAGAAAGCAAACCAUACCAAAGAACUCGAAGACUGUGAACAAGCUAACAAACUAGGAGCAAUUAAUAGUACAUUAAGGUAAGCCCUUUUUUCAUUGUUAACUGGAGUGGCAAGGCUUGAUAUAUUUAGCUCUUUUUGGACUUUUCUCCAUACAUACUAUUCUUGUAAGUUCUGUGGUAAAGAGAACAUGCCAGUGUUAGAUUUCACUUACACAAAACAUAUUUAUUUGUAGCUGUUGGUCCAAACAUACUUUUAUCAGUUGAACUAAAAAGACUAACAUGAUGAAUACAAACGGAGGAAGCAAGCUGUUCCAGAUAUUGACGCCUAGUUUUUAGAACUGUUUCUCUGCUGGUAGUACUGUACGUAGGCAUUAAUUUUGAAAUUCACUUGCAGAUUCACUUCCUCCAUUUUCUUUCAACCAAGUUCUGUGUGCUAAUGCUGGAUAAGGAGUAAGGAUUAAAAAGUGAUACAGCAGCAUAUAAACAUGUUUGUUAGCAUGAUGGUCUCAAGGAUAGCUAUCUAAACAAACUAGUGCUAUGUAUCUGGGCUGAAUAUACAGUUCUAGUGUUAAUUGUAAACUAGUGCUGUAUGAAAGCUUGGCAGUUGAUUACUUGCCGUGUUACUUUAUGAGAAAUUAGUUGCACUUUAUGCUCUUACGACAGUUUCAUGUAGUCAGUGUUAGUUUCAUAAGAUUACUUUUAUCUAAAAAAAAAACCUUUUCAUUUUUAUGAGCUUCCUUGAAGGUCCUUUUGGGAUGAUGUUGGUAGCAAUCUCUGUUUUUAAAAGUGAUGGGAAAACAUAAAAAUGAGAAAUGAGACCAUAUUAUGUCCAUUUACCACUAGUCUAUUUUUUCUCCUUUCCACAGCAACCAAAGUAAAGAGGCUUUCAUUGACUGGGCCAGAUAUGAUGAUUCACAGGACCAUUUUUGUGAACUGGAUGGUAAAUUUGUUCAUUCUUUUGAACUAUGUUUUAUUAGGCAAUGUGUAGCUAAGUCAAUUGAAAAUCAUCUUCAUGUACUUCACAAAAGAGAAAGUAUGCCAAAAUAUUUAUACUGUGCUCUUAAAAAACAGCCUCAGUUCUGAUCUUCCAAACCAAAAGGAACCGUGGGCUCAUGCAAUCCCCGUCUCUUAGUUUUAGCACUAAACAUAGUUUGCUGUGAAGAGUAAACCUAUUAAAGAUCAACACCUCCAAUUGUGGAUCCUGAUAUAGCCAAGACAGUACCACCUGUGAACUAGAGGAAGGGUAUCAGCAGGAUCCAAAGAACCCAACUCUUUUCAGAAGCAGAAAUAUUUCUGGGAGAAGAAAAAACUGGGACUGAGCACAUUCAGUGGCAAUGAAAUUCUGACUUAAGGGUGGUGGAAAUGAUGACACAGAAUUCCAGAUGUGAAGGACAAGCAUAUGGAGUAUCUUUGAAGAUGGCUUGGCUGGCUGGAAUCCUGAAUAGGCAUCCUCUACAUUGCCACAUUUGGUUGCAGGUCCCACUUGUACAGUCCAAAUCUUCAAAUACUGUUAAUAAUUUUAAACCAGAAUAGGCUUAAUUUAAAUAAGAAAACUAAGCCAGGAUAAGAAACCCUCUUCAAGCCAUGACUUCUGAUUGUGAUUUGGAGCACAAACACUGGUAAUUAUUUACCAAUUUGGACAUAAUUGAAAGUCACUGUGAACAUUAUAUGGGAAACGGAGAAUGGGGCACUUACUCAAUAUUUUUUUCUAAAGGCAAGAAAGAGCUAAAUCUCUUCUUGUUCAUAAUCUACCAACCUAUGAUUUGCAAGAUCAUCUGACCUGUACCCUAGUAUUGUGCUUGGAAAGUGUUGAAUCAGCUAGUGUCCAAAGGCCUCAAAUUGCAAAAACAAAGCAAAAGCCCUAACAAAAUGUUGCAUUCAAAGUCAAAGAGAGGAGAGAGGAUGAAGGACACUCAACAGCAAAAGUGCUGAAAACAGCUCUUACAAUAAAUAUUCAUUCUAGAACCAGUUAUAAGCCCAUGUAUACAGCUGCCUUGUCUUCUAACCCUGGGUUUUCUCCUUUUUAUGUGGUUAUAAUUAGUAUUAGAUAAACAAGUUAAAUUAAGAAAGUUAAAAUGUGUCCCCCAUAACUGGAAAUUAGGCUCCUUUAAUAAAAUACUGUAUUCACAUGUGUAAUUGUGCAUGUUUGAAGUGUAAGUAAUGAGUAACUUGGUACUCCUGUUCUAUCUAGUUUCCCAGCAUUUUGCAAAUAAUGAAGAGGGAAGUAGCAGUAGGCUACCUGCUGAAGCAUUUUACUUUGUCUAAAUAAGUCUCCUGUUCCAAGUGUAGAUAAUAAAGGGCAAGAUGUAAAUAAGGUGGGGCAAUUUGCCAUCUGUACAAGCAUCUAGGUAAUGUGAUCAGUAGUAAUGAUGCAUUUGACUUUUUACAUUAGCCAAACUGUUUUAUCUUCCUGUGUAUGUGUGUGUGUGUGUGUGUGUGUGUGUGUGUGUGUGUGUAAAUUCACACACAAUUGUACAAUUAAUGCAUAAUUAACAUCUCUAUUUCUUCUUUAGAUGAGAGAUCUCCUGAUGCUCAGUAUGUGGAUUUGCUGCUGAAUCCAGAGCGUUACACUGGAUACAAAGGGCCCUCUGCAUGGAGAGUAUGGAACAGUAUCUAUGAAGAAAAUUGCUUCAAGUAACUGGGAAGGGCGGGCAGAAUUUAUUUUGAAACAUUUGAGAUUCUUUGGAUUACAAAAACAUAUUUCUAAUCUCUUUUCCUUUAGGCCACGAUCAGUGUAUCGUCCACUAAACCCUCUGGCACCCAGCAAGGGUGGGUCACUAAAUACUUUGUAAUUAUAAGAAUGGUUUUGAAGGUUCAAUACAGCCAUGCCAUUUAGGAAACCAGUAAGGAUUUAAUGAAUGGAGAUGGCCCACUUAAUUAGACUUGCUAAUGUUCCUUCCCCCUCAAGCAUUAGUGUUUGUUUAUAUAUUCAUAAGAUGCAUAUCUUGCAUUUUGAUAAGUGCCCUCAAGGUGGCUUGCAAAACAAAUUAUCAUCAUUAAUGCUACUUUUACUAGUUAAAUGUAUUAAUUGUCUACAGCCACUGCCUCUAGGCUACAUACAAUAAAAUGUUAAUGGGCCAAUAUUCAAUACAACUAUUACUCCACUAUUACUAAUAUAACUAUUAUUCUCCUGACUGGAUUGAGCUUCUGAUUUAGCACACCCACUGCCCCUCCUGCUUGAGUGGACAAGGGGAAAUAAGAGUUGUGUGUCAUCAGCAUAUUGGUGAUAAUGCCCUCCAAAAUGUAAUAAUACACCAAAUAAAUACACCAGCAAAAACUACAGAAGGUAAAAUAACAUGCAAGCAGCAAGAGAAAAACAGUAAAGACUCAAUGCCAUUCAGAGCCUGUCUAAAAGAUAGCAGUGAAAAAAACAGGCCAAAUGUCUGUGUAGAUGACACAAUCUCCUUGGUAGCCACCUAUCUAAUAUCUGCAGAUGAGGGGGCGCACAGAAGGACUAAAGAGGUCAGUUCAGCACUUUGAAUUGGGUUCUGAAACAUUGCAACAAUAUACUUACAGUAUUCCAUACCAGUUAACAAUCUGGCCACUUCAUUCUGCAUCACAUGAAGUUACCAGGACUGACAUACAACUCACAAAAGUAAAUUAGCGUUGAUGGUACCACAGCAUUGAUAAUUAUGGCUCUCUCUCCAAGACGGGAUGCUGCUAGCACCUUAACUAUACUUUUCAAAAGGCACCAUGAGCUAUGUAUGCCACUUGUGCAUCCAUCAGCAAUACUGGUUCCAAAAAAUAAUUUGUUCUGGUUGUAAUUACAUUUCCCCUUAAAUAACUGAUCAAAUGCAACUUACGUUUUAUUUGAAACUAUUUGCCAGGAAUAAGAAAGCAAAGCUACAAUUUGCAAAAAAAAAGGGGGGGGGAGUUGUAUGAAACUGAGAUCCCUGUACAACUCAGAAAUGUAGAAUUGCUUUUCAAAAUAUCAGUAAAAUUAGCAAAUGCUGCAACAUUAUUUGAGUUUGUUGAUUCUCUAUAUUGCAUUUAAAUGUUUAUCUGUGUUGUACAGUGUAAGAUCAUUAUUUUAGUACAUAUAUAUUUGUGCCUGAACUAAAUAACUGAUGGGUUGAAUCACAAAUCAAAAAGUUUAUAUAUUUAAAAAAUAACAGACGUGUGUUUGAUUUUCGGUAGAGACAUAAGAGGGGAAUAAAUUGUUCUCAUCUUCUGCAACUUUCUUUUUUUUUUUCAGGAGAGGAUGAUGGUGAGUCUUCAUAAUAUUCUUUACAAGUUCACUUUUACCCUUAAUGUCAACUAAAUACAUUCAGUAUGCUGGAUAUACAGUAUUUUUCCGUGUAUAAGACUAGGUUUUUCCCCCCUUAAAAAUAAUGUCAAAAAUUUGGAAAAAUACGGUACAUCUUUAAAAUACCUCAAUACUGAAUACUGUUGCUGAAUUACAAUAGAGGGUGAGGGAGCAAAAAGUGGGCAGGGAGGGAGAAAGAGAAUUAAAACAUACAGAACAUGACUUAGUUAGGAUUUGGAACACACUUGUCCAUCCUUUUUGGUGGGAGGGGCGGUACUUGCAAAAAUGGUGCUACUCUGAUGUAUGAUGUUGAAACUUGCCCCUCAAAAUAGAAAAAUCAAUGCUUCACAAUUUAAAUUGUGUGAAGGUGACAGAUGGAGAAUCAAGUCUUUAGCAGAUUCAGGUUUUCCUUAAAUCAUAUGCCCUGUGUUUUGGUUUCUGUCUAGUGUGUUUUAAAAAUCUGGAAUUUUGUUGAAGCUACUAAUGUGAAUUUAUUUCUGUGCUUACAGGAGAAUCUUUCUAUACAUGGCUGGAAGGUGAGCAAAGUACCUUGUUCAUUAGCAUUUCUAUACCUCCAAAAUAGAGGAUAGCUAUGUUAGUCCAGCUAUGCAGCUAUGAAAGUUCAUUUCACAGUAAGUUCAUUAGUCUCCAAAGGUACUACAGGACUCUCUAGCUGCUAGAGAGUCCUGUAGUACAUUUGGAGACUAAUGAACUUACUGUGAAAUGAACUUUCAUAGGCUAGAGAUAAGAAUGCUGUAGCCCAUGAAAUUUCGUACUACAGUUAGCUUGUUAAUCUUUAAGGUUCCACAUUACUUUCUGAUUUUUACCUCCAGAUAGAUUGUAAUGCAUCUGUACAGCUAACACUGCAGGGUCACUUUAACUGGAGGUAGGAACUGUGCUCUUACACCUUUUGGAAACUGUAAGAGCUCAGAUUGAAUAGGUCUCAUUAAAAUAAAUUGUUUAUAAAAGUAUUCGGAACAGAUUAUUUCCCCAAGCUUACCACUCAUCCCAUAAUAUGCUCAAAUAUGCUAUCCAUUAGUGCCUUUCACCAGUUUCUCCUUUCCCACACCCUCCAUGCCACUUCUGUACAUUCAGAUCCAACCUAGUUCAGACACAGUGAGAAAUUGUGGGUUUCUACUACACAAAUGAAUCACGAUGAGCCUCAAGUUUGGCUUCUCCCCUCUUCCUCUGGUACACAGUGAAAAGGAGAGAACCACUUCCCAUUUUAAACAAAUCACACUUUGAUGUCCAAACUUGUGGGCUUGGUUAUUGAGGAAUAGUUGAGUUUGGAAAUCAUUCCUUUAUUAUGGCCAUAGGCAACUGUGAUUUGUUUACAAUCCAACCAGAAAGCUUCAGAUUUCCUUAUGAGCUUGAAGAGGAGGGGGAUUUUAGCCCAAGGCUCACUGUAGCCCAUUACUUAGCAGAAAUGCAGGCCUAUGAAUCAUGCUUUCAUCAGUUCACUUUUUAAUAAUGCGUGUUCUACCUAGGUCUCUGUCUUGAGAAACGUGUAUUCUAUAAGCUCAUUUCUGGACUUCAUGCUAGUAUCAACAUACAUCUUUGUGCAAAUUAUCUACUUGAAGGUAUUUUAUAUUUUUAAUACUGUGAUCAUCUCCAUUAUUGUGGGAAGAUAAUUUUUAUCUCUGUGCAAGCAUAAUUCAGUUUGUCUAAAAUUGUUUUUCUCUGAUUAGAAACUUGGGGGAGACCUCGUUGGGGAUCCAAUGUCAAAGAAUUUAUCCAUCGCUUUGACUCCAGUGAAACAAAAAGUGAAGGUCCAAGAAGGCUAAAAAAUUUAUAUUUCUUAUAUUUGGUGGAACUACGCGCAUUGUCAAAAGUCGCAUCAUACUUCGAGCGUUCAAUUGUAGAUCUUUACACUGGAAAUUCCCAAGAGGAUACAGAGACAAAGUCCCUCUUGUUAGAAAUCUUCAGGGACACAAAGUAAGUGUGCCUUCCCAUCCCCAUAUUUAAUGUGCAACUAGAUACAGCUGCUUGAACAAUAUUGGAUUAAAAGAAACUACAAGAAAUUGCAUCAAAGGGAUAUCUGGAGUGUAAAAUAUAAGAGGAACAUUUCUUAACCUUUCCGAAAAGAAAAGCAAGCACUGGAAAAUGGAAAAAAAACCCCUCCACCUAGCUUUUGUCACAGUUACUGUGGACAAGAGGAAGUUUCCCUUGUGUGUACAAAAUUGGGGGGGUGGGGGAGCAUGUAGCCUUUUGAAUUUCGCCUAUUUCCUGUCCCACUUCUUCCUUCAGUCUCUUAGCCAGUAAUUUUGCACUCAUGAGAUCUAAGCAGACAAACUUCCUUGCAGAAUUGCUGGAACAUAAGUCACCUAUUAUGUAUAAAGUUAUUUAAUUGUCUGAAACAUGAAUAAAAUGAAAUUCUAAACUUUUUUAUACAGUUUUAAAAUAAAGGGUCUCAGGUUUGUCAAUUAUUCCAGUGCCUUUGUAUCCAUUGACCCAACACGGGAAGACGUGAGCAAGUUUACUGCAUAGUGAACAAUUGAAUAGAAUCCUGGCCCAUACCCAUCUUUUAUAGCUCUACAAGUAAAAGCUUGAAAAUUCAGGAACGGAACCAGGACUAUUGUAGGAGGUGGGACAGAGAGGUCUUUGCCAAGCCUGCCUUUGGAUGUAUCCUUGUCUCCCCCUGCUGUUUCUGUUUGUAUUUCUUCUUUAAUACUCUUUUGUCAAUUGGCACUCCCUGAUUCCCUUGCUGCAAGUUGUCUUCUGCUCUCUCAAAGCACCUCCUUUCCCAGACCACUCUCUUCACCAGUCCUGUUCCAUGCCCUCCUCAAGUGCUUUUGCUUGGCUGGAAUGUGUUUUUGAACAGCGCUAAAAUGUAUUUUGUUUGCCUGGAUAGAGGGAGAUUUGUAUGUAGAAAGGCCUGAUUUCAGUAUGCGUAAGAGUCAUAUGCAUUUCCGUGGCCCCUGGGAGGUUCUCCAUGAGGGAAUGUGCCUUUCAGGCUCCUCACCCCUGCUGUGGAGGGCAUGUAAAGGAAGAUCUGACUCAGUCUCAGAUCACAUGAAGAGUGCCUUAAGUCAAGUGUUCUGCCAUCCUGUGCUGUGACUUAUGAUUUGCCACUGAGAUAUUAUUGAGAAAUCCUACAACGUAGAUCCCUUUCACUUCAUUCUAAGCAGUAGAUUGAGAGUUUUUAGAUUAUUUUUGAUCAUUGACAUAUUUCAUUCACUUAGGUCGUUCCCUAUGCACUUUGAUGAAAAAUCCAUGUUUGCUGGAGACAAAAAAGGGGCAAAAUCUUUAAAGGUAAAUACAGUAAUGCCAGUGAAAUUUUUACAUAAGCUAUUCAAACAAGACAAAAAGUCUUACUUAAAAACUAGGUGUUAAUCUUUGGGGGGGAGUCUAUAGGUGUUUUGGGGACAGAUGAAAUUGGUUUGGUUAGAAUAUGAUUCAGAAUAGAGAACUGCUUAGUCUUGACUGUGGCUUCAGCAUGAGAACAUCUCUAAUUUCAUUUGAGUAAGACUCCUCACCAAACCCUAACCUACUUCUAAAUUCUCACACAUUUAUGAAGCACUUAAGCAAAUUACUGGAAACAUGCUGGAUAUUCCACUGACCAUAAAACUUUGGUACAUUGUUGCUAAUGGGCUGCAUCACUGAACGCGCCCUGUUGGUUUUUUGUUUUAGACUAGUCAUGGUAUUUACUUGCCUAAUUUUAGCACCAUCACAUUACAUUUGGAGGUCACAAACAAUGGUUCUUUCAUUUACCUUAAUAUGUUGAUGUUUUGCAAAACAGUACAGUGGUACCUCAGUUUAUGAACUAAAUCCAUUCCUGAAGCCCGUUCUUAAACCAAAACCGUUCUUAAACUGAGGCGCACUUUCCCUCAUGAGUCUUCCUGCCGCCGGUACCCUUCCACCGUUUGGAUUCUGUUCUUUAGACCGAGGUAAAGUUCUGAAACCAAGACACUAUUUCUGGUUUUGCGGAGUUUGUAAACCAAAUUGUUCUUAAACUGGACUGUUCUUAAACCAAGGUACCACUGUAUUAAACAUGGUUUAUUAUUAAAGCAAAUAUUUCCUAUAAUAACUGGUAUGGUUAUGUAAUACUGCCCUAUCCUAGCCAUGAUUAGAGGGUUUGGACUUCCCAGCUGGCUUUAUAGUCUCCUAACCUUUCAUGUGCAAAUUAACCUUUUCCUUUUCAGAGCUGACAGUGGUUAGUGUAGAAAGUACAGUAACCAGUUUGCAGGCCUUGGUUAGAAGGGGGUUUGUGAACUGCACUUUGAGCUAGUGAGAGCACCAGUGCAGAUUUAACACCACCUGGUGGUUAGUACUGAAAAGAGAAGAUGAAUUCAUACACAUGGAUGGGGGUUGAGGGGCGAAUCCACACUUUUUAUUGUAUCUUUAAAAAUUAUGUUUUGUUUUUAUUGGUAGGAAGAAUUCAGGUUACAUUUCAAGAACAUAUCCCGCAUAAUGGACUGUGUUGGAUGUGAUAAGUGCAGGUUAUGGGGCAAAUUGCAGGUAUGUGAUUUUUUUGUGAGUUAACAUGUUCUGGGGCUGUGAAAUGGUCUCCCAUGCAAAACCUUCUAACACAUUCUUCUGAUGCCAGGAGUUUGGGGUUCUUGCCUUGCAACAGGCCCAGAACCCUCGGGUUGGGACUCUGCCUUUUGUGGCUGGUUCAUAUCAGCACAGUGGUUCAUGUCACUACAAAGCCCCUAUUUAUUAGCCUUAGUAUGCACUCACGUAAUUUCAGUCUUUGUUUAUACAAAGACUUGUACCUUGAAUUCCAGCUUCAUAAACUGUACUUUGUUGUUGCUUUGAGUACAGUACAUAGUCUUACAAUGAUAGGAAUAUUUUUAGUAAUUAUAAAAUAUAAAUCAUACCUUGUUGAGACUUCUAUUCUUUGUAUUGCAGUUAUAUAUUCAUCAAGAAUAAUGGAAAAAAGCUGGAAAAUAGGGUUUUAUUAUUUUAUUGAGAAUGGUUUUAUUAAUAUGAACUGAAAAUAAAAUGGUGAAGGACUAGGAGACUGCAUGUAUUACUUUGUGUAAGGUUGGUGGCAGAAUGGCUUUAAUUGCUGCAUGAUAGCUAUAUAAAACCUUUCUGUUAUCAGUUGGGGGUUUGGGACUAGGAGGUCUGUAUUCUUGCUGUUUUACUGUGUUCUUUUAGACUCAAGGUUUAGGAACUGCUUUGAAGAUCUUAUUCUCGGAAAAGGAAAUAAAAAACCUUCCUGAAAAUAGCCCAUCAAAAGGUUUUCAACUGACACGACAAGAAAUAGUUGCUCUUCUAAAUGCAUUUGGAAGGCAAGUUAUAUUUUUACACUUAAUUCUUUUAUAGCUAUGUAGUUAUAGGCUAUGUAUUUUAAUUCGUCUGCACCAUCCCUCCCCCCCAUAUCAAUCUGCUACUGGGAUCCAACAGAAACCCUUAAAAUCCUAGCUUAAAAUAAAGCUGUAAUUUGAUUUCAGAAUAACUCCAGUUCAACAUUAAAUAUUGGGCUUAUAACAGAAGAGAAAACAUUAACAAAUGAAACAUCUAGGUGAAAUAUUAGGCUCAUAGUGAAUGAUGGAAGGGGUCCAAUGUAUUCCAAUAGCUGAAUGCAGUGGUGGCGGGUGGGUCUCUUUACCAAAGGACAUUACAAAUGAGAUAUCAGUGUUUCAAGUUUACAUUGUGAAAGUGUUAACAUAAGGAUAAUUUGGAGCAGAAUUAACCCCCUAAAGUCAAAUUACUUCUGGGAUCUGGGAUCCAGUGCUUUGUAAUUAGGUUUUUUUUUUCCUACACACAAGAAUGUAAGAGGGGAGUUAUAAAAAACACCAGUGCUCUAAGUGCUACAACCUAAAAAAAAAGCAAAAAAUAUGUGAUACAGGCCAGAUACUAAUGAUGUUGCGCAACAUUUAAGCAAGCAGAAUUCUUCCUUCCCUUCCUAAACCAACUAAAGCAUAUUUGGGGGACAACAGAGGGUAGGAGAACAGGAACUACUGUUGCACAAGCAGAAAUCCACUCUGAUUGCAGAUGGGUAUAUUUGAAUAUUGCACUCAUUUUUUCUUCCCUAUUUAGAGCAGUUGCUGGGACCCCAAUUAUAGUGGGGUCGUAAUUUCACUUUCCCAUUCAUUUUAAGAGUAGUAUAUUAGAUUCCUGAUGUCAGGGAAGAGUUAGAAGUUUUCAGUUUAUCAGAGGGAGAAAGCAUUCCCCAAGGGGGAAGGAGAGCAGUGAAUCUAACAGAAGGGAGCAAGAGGAACAACAGGGAGGGACCGGCUGUUCACAGGAAAGGCAAGGCUUCAGUUCUAGCUCAGAUUUGGAGGAGGGUAGAUACAGGCCAGCUCUAGCCAGGAGGUUAGAAAAAAGAGCGGGAAAACGAAGGGAAAGGCGCCUUCGCCAUUUUGAGGGUGGCUGGUCACGGAGAAGCAGAGCUCAGAAGGUAUCUGAAAGAAGUGACUCUGAGGAAUAAUAGUUAAGAACUGUUUAUAAGAUUAUUUUGUUAAUACACAAUAAAAAGUUAUAAAAGAACAAGAAGCGUUUGUGUGGUGAUCUGAAGAGGACAACGACCAGUCCUGACACCUGAUAGCUUCAUUAAGUUACAUGAAGCAGCACAUGUUGAUGGUUGACCCGAUGAUUGUUGAAGAGUACAUGGAAUAGGAAAUGGUUCAGGUUUGCUUUAAAAAAAUCUACAAAUAUUUCAAACAGCUGCUAGGGUUGAAUCCACAGCAACCACACUGUUACAAAGGUCUCUCCUAAUACGUUUUCAAAAAGAACAUUUUUAUUUUGAUCAAGAUACUAAAUAUAUAUUAGCCACAUGCAUGAGACCAGCAGUUUCCGCACUGAGAAUAGAAGUUUCAGCGUUCUGGAUUUCAUCUUCAGUUGCACAGGACACUAAUCCUGUUUUAUAGCAAAGUAUUGAUUCACACAAACAUUUCAGGUGAAAAAGUAAUAAUGAAGUUACUUUUUUCUUCAGCAUUUUUGGCAAAAUGAACCUUUUUGAAAGAACACUGUGAGGUUGUAUUGCCAGUCGUUGUGUCGUGAAAAAGGUACUGGACUGUGAGGAAUGAAUUAAUUUCCAGUGCCCUCAAGGCAGAGACUCUCAAACUAGGGAGUUUAGUGUUUCUAACUUGAGAUUGAUUACAAUGUGCAAUCUUUUUAAUCUCAAUCUUUUUUUUCUGCUGCAUCACAGGCUUUCCACAAGUAUACGAGAACUGCAGAAUUUCAAAGCUUUAUUACAACAGAGAAGUUAACGAAGGCUUUUCUACUUAGUGGUGGAAGCAACCAUUCAUUUGACAUUGGGAAAGACAAAAUCAAUCUUUAUACAAACUGUUCUAAGGGGGGCGGGAUAUAAUACCAACUUGAAUAUUUAAGGUAGGAAAGGUUAGUCAUUGGACAAAAUAUUUAAGUAUGAAGUACCUAACUUUAAACAUGUAAAUUAUGUUCAUCCUUCCACUGUUCAGUGUGUUUAUCUUUGUACAUCUCUUGAACCAUCAUUUGUUAUGAACUUUUAUUAUUUUGUCUAUUCAGAGACCCUUGAUUUACAUCAAACUGCACUUACUACGUCAGGUGAUAUGGAAAACCUUGCAGUGUUGCUCAAAAAUAGCUGGUGGUCAUAUUUUUAACGUUUGCUUGUAUCUGAAGGACCAGGUGCUGUUAAAAUAUUUUCUGUGUUUUGAUGUCUGUUAACAGUAGCUGAAAUGGCCAGUAAAUUUUUACUAAAAUAAGCCCCUUGGCACCCAGGGGAGACCAGCAUUCUUCAAUCACAUUUUGUUUUAUUUUUGUACUUGCUUCCUUUCCUCCUCCUUAAUUUUCUGUUUCUCCAUAUCACCGUUGCCUUCUCUGUGAGGAGACAAGACUGGGUUAACUGUACUCCAGAGUCCCUCAAUUCCUGUUAUGCGUGUCCACUGAAGGGGCCUUUAGAGUGAAGUGCUGCUAGCUUGAAAUGCUUUGCUCAAGCCUGCUGUUGGCUCUUUACCAUGUAGCCAAAACCUCUCUCUCAAUUUCUAGAGAGCUAAGAAAAUUUUAAUUAUACCACUUGCAAUCUUUCAAGAUUGACACCCAUUCUCCCUGUUCUGGUAAGCCCCGUAAUAUUUUUGUGAGACUAAAAGCAAAAUACUCCUAGACAAACACUUUAAAAAUAGUGUCAGUUCUCGGAAUUCAGUACUGCAUAUCCUGCCUAUGCAAUCUCCCAUUUGUACCUUACAAAAAGAUACACAAUGUCUGUACUAAAACGGGUAUGCUCUGCAGAAAUUUGAUUCUCGAUCAUUUCUUGCAAAGGGGACUUCCAUUUAGUCACUGCAGAACAAUAGCAGAAAACAAGUAAUUUUUAAAAUUUUAAAUACAAAGGAAGAGAAGUUCUGUAACGUGCGAUGGAGCAGCUGACUUAGAAGCUGUCUGUGAUGUAAUAUUUGUAUUUAGUGAGGGAUGUUUGAGUACAGCAUGAAUGUCAAUGUUGGUACAGUAUAUAGAUUUGUACAUAAGUUUUGCUUUGAUAAGUAAAAUAAUCUGAAUUAAAAUGAAUUAAAAGUGCUCUUAAACACUUCU